AUUUCUUUCUUUAUUAUUAACUCAUUUAAACAGCUUAAAUAGUCAUGCAGAACUCAAGUUUUUGCGUUGAACAAAAAAAAUAUGCAGACCUUCAUUUGAGCGAUCUAAAGAAGAGUGCGCUAGACAGAACGACCGCGGCUUUAUCACCAAAGACACCACCCGCAGUGACUGCAGCACUUUUAUCCGAUUCAUUAUUUCCACCCCGAAAACCUAAAGCGAUGAUUGAAGAUAGCGACGAAGAGGACGGAGACGAAGAUUCUGAUAAAAAAAAAGAUCCUUUAGCCACACAAGUCUGGAGAUUAUAUACAAAAGCCAAAGAUACCUUACCUAAUGGCUCUCGUCUAGAGAACCUUACCUGGAGAAUGAUGGCCAUGACUUUGAACAAAAAGAAGAAGGCUGAGGCAGAAGCUGCUGCUGCCGCCGCCGCCGCCGCUGCUAAUGAUGAUGAUAGCAGUGACAAUAUGGAAAUUACACAGAAUCAAGACAUCAAGAUGUCUCCUCCAAAACCAGAUGAUACAACCACCUUUCUCUCUUCGUCUGCUCCUCCCUAUAUGCUGGACUUUAUGGGGAAUGCUAUGCAAGAAGAUACCUACCAUGAAAAGAGAAAUGUCAUGAUUUAUGGCUCUGCUAGAGCAUCCACUUCUACAUCCACUAGUCUCCACAUGACACCCUCCAACACCACCACUCACAAGACAGACACUAAUAUGUUUACCAAUGUCUAUGGUACAAACAGUAUUACAAUUCCUGCAGACUUGGAUAUGGCUGAUGACUAUCGUGAUUCAAUCAGUCCUCGUUCCACAGGCUCAUCAUUUCAACCUUCCUCCAUGGAAUCCAACCACUAUAAUUACUUCAGUCAAUCCGUACCCAGUUAUCAGAACAAUACACACUUACAAUUCGGACAGCAAUUGCAACAGCAACAGCAACAACAACAGCAACAACAGCAACAACAACAUCAUCAACACCAACAACAGCAGAUGAUGCACAGCCCUACCAAUGGGUUAUUUCCACAGUUGGGCUCUACUUUACCCGAAUCACAGCAGGCAGCUUAUUUCGCUGCUACACCAAACGAAUCCACACCUUCACCUGCCGCUGUUUCCGAUCUCAAUGCGGGUGCCAUGAGUUUUGAGGAUUUAUUGACUAUGUACUAUGUGAAUGGAAACACUGCUGCUGCUGCCGCCGCUGCUGCCGCUGUAGCUACCUCCUCUUCUUCGUCUUCCAUGGUGAUGAAUCAUACAAAUGAAGCUCCGUCUGUAUCUCAUUUUAACUUACCCCAGUCUCAAGAUGGGCUGAUAACACCUAAUGGACAUUCACCAGUCAAUGCAUCACCCCUGGGCACAUCAUUUAACAAUACGACACUGCAUCGAUUGAGCAGCAGCGGAAGUGAAAAGGAAAAGAAGGAAGAUCAACAGAAUAAAAAGGACAAUAAUACGAUGUGUACGAAUUGUAGCACGACCACCACGCCACUUUGGCGACGUAAUCCCGAGGGACAGCCGUUAUGUAAUGCGUGUGGAUUAUUUCUAAAGCUUCAUGGGGUUGUACGUCCCCUGAGUCUGAAAACAGACGUGAUAAAGAAACGGAAUCGUAGUGGCAAUUCCAACACAAACCCAGUAUCUUCUUCUUCUGCCACUGUCAUAGCAACCACCACGACCAAUGGAUCCGCCGCUGCCAUAGCAACCAGCACCAUUGUCACAGGGACCAGUCAUAAUAGUAUAUCUUCUGUGAAGAAUAAUAAUCAUAAUAAUGGCAAAAAACCCAAUCCGUUUUUACAACAACAAAACAUGUAUAAUAAUAAUAAUAGUAGACUUAAUAAUAAUCAAAUUCAUAUUGCUCCAACCUCAACAACAACAAUAGCACCAGGGACAUCCUCUGGAAGACCUAUUACGUUUGCCUCUCGAUGGGGACCUCAAACCAUCUCCAAACGUCAAAGAAGGCAUUCUAUUGAUGAGAAAAACCCACAAAACCCACAAUUAAAUCAACAACAACAACAACAAGGUGUGUUUAGAGUAGGCUCAUUUCCCUCUUCUUCGUCCUAAAAAAAAUCAAUAGAUCUAUAUCGUAACACACAAACACACACAUAUACCUUUUUUUUUAUUUUUCAUUUCUUUUUUUAAAUUACUAUUAUACAUGUAUAUUUAUUUUUAUUUUU